GUGGAACGAUCCUCUGGCAGGCGGGUUUUCCUCAGACAUGGGAAACUUUGUGGCCCGAGAAGAUUUCGAGUGGGUCUAUACCGACCAGCCGCACGCCGACCGGCGGAAGGAGAUCUUGAGUAAACAUCCAGAGAUAAAAACCUUGAUGAAACCAGACUACAAUGUGAUCUGGUUGGUUGUAUUUAUGGUGCUUGCACAACUCAUUGCUCUUUAUCUAGUUAAAGAUUUGGACUGGAAAUGGGUUGUAUUUUGGGCAUACAUAUUUGGCAGUUGUCUCAAUCAUUCCAUGACUUUAGCUAUUCAUGAGAUUGCUCACAACAGUGCCUUUGGCAAUUCUAGAUCUUCAUGGAACCGAUGGUUUGGAAUGUUUGCCAAUCUCCCACUUGGUGUACCAUACUCCAUCUCCUUCAAGAGAUACCACAUGGAUCAUCAUCGUUAUCUUGGUGCAGAUGGAGUUGACGUGGAUAUUCCUACUGACUUUGAAGGAUGGUUUUUCUGUACCCGUUUUCGAAAACUCAUAUGGAUUAUACUUCAGCCACUUUUUUAUUCUGUUCGGCCCCUCUGUAUUAACCCCAAACCAAUAUCUCAAUUAGAAAUCAUCAAUUUAUCAAUUCAGUUUAUCUUUGACGUUCUUGUAUACUAUGUCCUCGGAAUAAAAUCACUGUUCUAUCUGCUGGCAGGAAUAAUAAUGGGGUUGGGCUUGCAUCCUAUUUCAGGACAUUUCAUAGCCGAACAUUAUAUGUUUUUAAAGGGGUAUGAAACUUACUCAUAUUAUGGGCCACUGAAUAAGCUUACAUUCAAUGUUGGCUAUCAUAAUGAACACCAUGAUUUUCCUAAUAUUCCUGGAGCAAGUCUUCCACUGCUAAAGAAAAUGGCUCCUGAAUACUACGACCAUUUACCACAAUAUAACUCCUGGAUUAAAGUGCUUUAUGACUUUGUGAUGGAUGACACUGUCAGCCCAUAUUCACGCAUAAAAAGACACCCAAAAGGUGAUGAGAAACUGGAGUAACCUUUCAACGAAAAAGUUUCUUCACAAACUCCAGAGGUGUAGCUUCAUGGUAGCUGGUACAAGACAUCACUUGAUAAAUAUUUGUUGGCUUGUUAUCUUGACCAAGGCUAGAAUACCAAUGUAUUGUUACAUUUUAAAACAGGUCUGAAAAAUUAAAAACAUUGGUAGAAUUAGAAUGUUCCUACCUUUUCCAUUUUUUUCUGGUAUAAUUGUUCUCUGCAUAACAUUAGUAUUAAUAUUACAUAAUGUGUUUUGAUAGCUGUUCUCUCAAACAUCGGUUCUUUAAAUCUAAUUGUUUAAAUUUAUGCAAUUGGUUUAAAGAAAAAAACAGUAUCUGCUGACUACAUAGACAAUUUCUCUGCCUAUUUCUUCUUUUGCUCACAAAAUGUAGUUAUUAAAUAAACUUCUAGUUUAAUUUUGAUUUACAUGGUAUAUUAAAAUGUCUGGCUUCAGUCUCUUUCAAAUACCAUGUCAUGGAUUAGCAUAUGCAAUUGACAUGUAAUUAGCGGUAGUAUGGACAGUAUUGUAUUAUGAUUGCUGUUUAAAAAAGUACAAGCUUCUUAAAAUCCACCAGUCCUCUCUGACUUAAAAAUAAACAUGUUAGCUAUUUGGUAACUAUUAAAUCUAAAUUCAACAAUAUGCUAGCAUAUUUUGCAUUUGUGAAAGAGGAACUUUUCUUCUCUCCUUGGAGCCCCAGAGCAUGUCAUCUAAUCUUAUUUGGAGGAUAUCUAGAACCUUCACAACAAGAACUUGGUGUGCUAGGUGGAGAUGGCCUUAUGGAUAAUGGAAUUUUAUUUGCCAGCACUGCCAUUUAGUAUAAUGGCCCUUUUGUUUUGCAAAUGAUGGUAUGUUGCUACUGUAUAGGAUAUUUACUUUGCCUCAGAUAAGUAUUGGAUUAAUCUGCCUUGAUAACCUUCAUUAGUCCUACAAUUUACUGAAAGCCAGAUUUAUAUGUUCACCACUUGUGCUUUUUUUUUUUUGCCAGAGUAAGAGUAAUAUCAAUUGUAUGUGUAGAAUAUGAAGUGUGCAAAUAUAAUGUAUCUUGUGA